CUGGCUGUUGCGUAUAGUUUACCGGUUCUGCCAACAUUUCUGUCAAUCAACAAAAAGGUGUUUAUGUUUAUUAUUCUAGCUGUUCGCAAAAUAUUUUAUCUAUAAACUGAACAUUUUCCGUUGACGAAGGGUAUCACCCGAAUAUUCGAGGUUAUUCUGCGAUGAAAACCAACGAAAUGCUUACUCAUAAGCAAUUUAAAGUCGGCGAACAGCUAGAAAAAGAAUCAGAAAAUGAGCAAAAUAAAUAUCUAGCAAAAACAGCCUCGACAGGAUCUAGCGUAAACAAGGAGUCGUCCAUCAUAACGCCACUCGAGUCUGGUAAAGUUGACGAAGGUGAUGACAAACUUGUAGUCGGCGCAGAAUACCUGGUUCAACGACAAGAUAGUUCUUGGCAUCCGGCUCAAAUAAUUCAAAGCAGACAGAAUCCAUUCGACCCUAAACAGCUUGAAUACUACAUCCAUUACGAAGGACUAAAUAGAAGAUUAGAUCAAUGGGUUGCCAGGGAUCGCAUUUCAACUGCAGUUACUGAUGCAGACAAAAAGAGUUCCGGUACUCCUCUCGCACAUGACUACAAUGGCAAGAGUCCACUAGUCAGCUCAACUGGAACCGCUAAAGAUUCCCCUAAAGUCGGAAAACCUAAUGGAGAUGUGGAUAUGGUUGUGGAUGGUGAUCCGGACAGGAAGAUUACGCGCAAUCAAAAAAGACGCCACGACGAAAUCAAUCAUGUGCAGAAGACAUACGCCGAUAUGGAUCCAACAACUGCUGCUCUGGAAAAAGAACAUGAAGCUAUCACCAAGGUUAAGUACAUUGACAAGCUCAGAUUCGGUAAAUAUGAAAUCGAUACCUGGUAUUUUUCGCCAUAUCCUGAAGAAUACGGUAAAGUUGGCACUUUAUACGUAUGCGAGUAUUGUUUACGAUAUAUGCGCCUGGCAAAAACACUCCGCCACCAUAAGGCAACUUGCACCAGGCGCCAACCGCCAGGUAAUGAAAUUUAUCGAAAAGGGACUGUUUCCGUUUUUGAAAUUGAUGGUAAGGAACAUCGGUUCUAUUGUCAAACACUUUGUCUUAUGGCCAAAUUAUUCUUGGAUCAUAAAACCCUGUAUUACGAUGUUGACCCUUUCUUUUUCUACGUGCUAUGUGAAAUCGACAAAGAAGGUCAACACAUCGUUGGGUACUUUUCCAAAGAAAAGGAGUCGCCCGAAGGUAACAAUGUAGCGUGUAUUUUGAUUCUCCCACCAUACCAGCGUAAAGGCUACGGGAAGCUACUAAUCGCAUUCAGCUAUGAGCUUUCUCGUCGCGAGGGCGUAAUUGGAAGUCCAGAAAAGCCUUUGUCUGAUCUCGGACGGCUCAGUUACAGAAGCUAUUGGGCGUAUACUCUAUUAGAACUGAUGAAGGAUUACCGUACAACAACGAUAAAGGAACUAAGUGAACUUUCUGGUAUCAUCCCGGACGAUAUUAUCUACACGUUGCAGACAAUGAAAAUGGUAAAGUAUUGGAAAGGGCAGCAUGUAAUUUGCGUUACCGCGAAAGCAGUUCUAGAGCACCUACAAUUACCGCAGUUUAAAAAACCGAAAUUGAUGAUUGAUCCAGCGUAUCUCAAAUGGAACCCACAAAAACGGACAGUCCCAGUUAAACAGGUGAAAAAGGCUUAAAGUUAGUCACAAGAUUGUUUCUUUUUUUAUUUGUUCCAUUUCGGCACAUUAUAUCUGAUCAUCGGAUUUUACAUUUGUAAAUACAUAAUUGAAGCAUAUACAAUAUUUUAUGAAUCU